GCUAUAUCAGACGUGGAUCACAACAGAAGCAGAUGUUAACCUGGUCUCCUGCUGCUUGAACCUGAACCACAACAUACACACCAUCAGGGUAAACCACACCACUGUACACAUUACUUUGGAAAAAUGCACAAAUCACACUCCUACCAGUGGUGAUUCUGCAGACAUGGCUAGCUCUCUGUCUACCGUGACCAUCAGCCUAGUAGACGGUGCAGUACAAGGGCACCACCUAGUGUCUCUGCAGACUGUGCUCCAGAGAUGCCCUCUGCGGCAGGACCUAGAUUUGCCACACAACAGCAUCGGUAGAGUGGGAGCAGAGUUGCUCUGCUCUGUCCUACCAUCCUUAGUUAGUCUGAGUAAACUCUGUCUUGAGUCAAAAGAAACAUCUGAAGAUCUGGUAUUGCUCCUUGCCAAGGGGUUGUUGCAGGCUAAAAGCAUUGAGAGCUUGAAUUCUUCUGGUCAUGUGAUCAGUGGCAGAGGAGCUGUAGUUCUGACCAGAACACUCCAGAACCUACCAAAUAUCAGAACAAUCAAUCUGUCCCUGUGCUCUGGUUGGACAGCUGAAGGAGCAUUGGACCUGGUCAAAGGGCUUGGACAGUGUCUCUCUCUGGAGGGGAUCAGCCUUGACUCUGCACAGCUGGAUCAAGAGAGCACAGUCUCCUUGGCACAGGGACUAUGACCUUCUUGAAGAGGCUAAAUCUGAAUAAGUAUGUAACCAUGGUGACUGGAUCCCCAGGGGAGGGGACCACACUGGUCCUACUGGCCUCUCUGGAGCGGCUCAGAGCAAUGGAGGAGACUGAGUUGGAGGGGAUGAGGAUGUCAGAUAAAGGAGUGGAGGAGCUUAUCAAACACCUGCCCCCCUGGACAGGCCUGAGGAAGAUCAGCCUGUCAGAUAACUAUAUUGGUGACCAAGCAGGAGAGAGGCUGAUCCAGACCCUGGCUAACUGCACAGAACUGGAGGUACACCAGUAAGGCCAUGUUCCAAAUAUCUAUCCAUAGUUCCCUAUUUCUAAUGGGCUUUCAAAACGGACAAAAAUAAAAGGUUAGAAUUUUGACUGCAAACUAUGCACCGCCUGACCCAUUAUAUUUCAGUCUGUCCAGAAAUAAACUCAGCCUAGCCUGUAAUGCCAAGAUGGGACAAGUUCUGCCCACACUCACUCACAUCAGGGUUCUAGAGUAAAUCUAUUCCCAUCUGUUUUUUUGUUUGGCUUGGAUUGUGUUAAGUUUAUUUAUUGAUUUUAUGCAUCUAUUGCAAUGUAACUGCAACCCUAACCCUUGUUUAUGUUCACCGUUGUGUUUUUCCGAGAACCUGAUUGGUAGAGAAGGAUCUGUCAGUAUCUCCAAUGCUCUGAUCUUCAUGAAGUAUUUGAAAAAGAUAAGAUAUAUAGUAAGAUAUACCUAAUGUAAUCUGCUACAUACAGACUGUGUAUUCCCUGCUCAAUCUUGGGGAAUGCAGAGGAGAGGUUAGCUGUUAAUGUACUUGUUGUCUUUCAGCUUGGCUUUCUGUGUCUGUGCAGAGGAUGUCAGGUAAGGGCAUGGCCACAGUGUCAGGAGGACCGUAUACAGGCAGCAAAGAGCUUUAUUCUUCUGGUUCUCAUGUUCAUGACCAAUUUGACCAAUUUGGAGGGGGUAAGACUGAGAUGUCUCAUUUGAGAUAAUAUUUGAAGAGGUAGGGUUUCAGACAUUUUCGGAAAACGGGCAGGGAUUAUCCUGUAGGGGUGGAACGGCCAAGAGACCAGAGGUGGCUUGGAAAUGUAGCUGGAAAAUGUUUAGUUGAAUUCUGUCAAUCGUAUUGAUGUACUUAUGCUGACUAUCAAUCAGCAAUUGGGUACUAUCUUUGUUGUGUACAAUGCCAGUAAUACUCCUUUCCUCUCCCUGUUUGACCAGACUGUGGAGGAAUACUAUCUCUGCCAGUGAUGCCCAGAGACUGAGACAGAGGGAGAAGAGGUUCAACUUCUUCUCCACGUAGCCUAUUAUCUACUCAUUCAGCAGAACAGUCAACUUGCACUUUUAUUUUUAUAAUAUUAUAUGCACUUAGAGACCACAUUUCCUUAAAAUUACAGCAGGUCAUCAAAUCAAACAAUAAAAUGAUCCUUGUAGGGGGGGCAGUGAACCUUUAUUCCAACCCUGGGAACUGGUCUCUCUUUCUUCCUCUUCCUGGAAAGGUCUGUGUGUUGUCUCUAUCCACUCUCAUAUUUAUUUCUGCAUUGAUUUUGAAUCUGGGAUUCAUUGAUUGCUUAAGGUAUUAAUAUAUAUUUUUUUUAACCUUUAUUUAACUAGGCAAGUCAGUUAAGAACAAAUUCUUAUUUUCAAUGACGGCCUAGGAACAGUGGGUUAACUGCCUGUUCAGGGGCAGAACGACACUUGUAAAAGUGUCGGUGAGACCAAGUCAAUUUGUUCUCUUGAACUGCUGGAUUCUAAUUCUGUCAUUGCUCAUGUUUCAAAUCAAAUCAAAGUUUAUUUGUCACGUGUGCCGAAUAAAACAGGUGUAAACCUUG